AUGCGCAACUUGAGAUUGGCUCAAAACCAUGCUGCAUCUGAUCAUAAAAGACUAGUUCAUGAAGGAUGGAUUCUAUAUGAUACGGGAAACAUAGAAGAGGCGUUAUCCAAGGCUGAAUUGUCGAUUUCAAUUCAGAGAUCGUUUGAAGCUUUUUUCCUCAAAGCAUAUGUUUUAGAAGAUGCGGUUCUUGAUCAGGAAAGCUCGUCGCUUGUCAUAGGAUUGUUGGAGGAAUCUCUUAGAUGCCCUUCUGAUGGUCUUCGGAAAGGACAAGCAUUGAAUAAUUUGGGAAUCAUUUACGUGGAUUAUGGGAAGCUGGAACUUGCGGGGGAAUGUUAUUCAAAGGCUCUUGAGAUCAAACACACUAGAGCCCAUGAAGGGCUGGCAUGGGUGUAUCAUCUAAAGAAUGAAAGAAAAGUGGCUUACAAAGAAAUGACGAAACUUAUAGAUAAAGUAGAGAACAAUGCAUCGGCUAAUGAGAAGAGAUUGGAGUAUUGUGAACGCGAAUUGUCCAGUUUGGAUCUAAGUAUGGUCACGCUGUUGGAUCCUCUGAGGACUUAUCCAUACAGAUACAGGGCAACAGUUUUGAUGGAUGAGCAAAGAGAAAUGGAAGUUGUGGAAGAGUUGACGAAAGCCAUAGCAUUCAAACUAGACAUGCAAAUGUUAUAUCUUCGGGCAGCAUUCUACGAAUCAAUGGGGGAAUUAUCUCUCUUAAUUCGUGAUUGUGAGGCAGCUCUUUGUUUGGAUCCGACGCACAAAGACACCGUGGAUAUGUACAAUAGAAUGCGAAUUCAAUCCCAAUCUUAG